AUGCACUGGCUCUUUGGGCUGCUUUUGUCCCUGUGGAUCUUGUGCCUGUUUUGGCCAGAAUCCCAGGGCCAACUGAUCCGCAUUCCCAUGCAAUACCAGGCCUCUUUCAUGGCCAGUCGUCGUCAACAUCGCGCGGGGCGAUCUUCGCUGUUGGCCAAAUACAAUGUGGUCGGUGGACCGCAGAUUUCAUCUAGAAAUGGAGCCACGGAAACAUUGGAUAAUCGAUUGAAUCUGGAGUACGCGGGACCCAUCAGCAUUGGAUCGCCGGGUCAGCCCUUCAAUAUGCUGUUCGAUACGGGAUCCGCCAAUCUCUGGGUGCCCAGUGCCGAUUGUUCCUCGAAGAAUUUGGCCUGUCAGCAUCAUCAUCGCUACAACUCCAGUGCCUCGAGCAGUUAUGUUCCCGAUGGUCGUCGGUUUGCCAUAGCCUACGGAACGGGGAGUUUAUCGGGCAGAUUGGCCCAGGAUACGGUGGCCAUUGGCCAGCUGGUGGUGCGGAAUCAGACUUUUGGCAUGGCCAUGCAUGAGCCGGGCUCAACCUUUGUGGAUACCAACUUUGCUGGGAUCGUGGGACUGGGUUUUCGAGAGAUAGCUGAGGGGAGAAUCAAACCGUUGUUCGAAAGCAUGUGCGAUCAGCAGUUGGUGGACGAGUGCGUAUUCUCGUUUUACCUCAAACGAAAUGGCAGUGAGCGGAUGGGUGGUGAGCUACUUUUCGGUGGUGUGGAUAAGGCCAAGUUCUUGGGAUCCCUAACCUAUGUGCCGCUCAGCCAUGCAGGAUAUUGGCAGUUCCCCCUGGAUGGCAUAGAACUGGGCGGCAGGAUAAUCAGCCAGAAUCGACAGGCCAUUGCGGAUACGGGCACAUCUCUAUUGGCUGCUCCGCCCAGGGAAUAUCUCAUAAUAAAUAGCCUACUCGGCGGCCUGCCCACUUCGAAUAAUGAAUAUCUGCUCAACUGUUCGGAGAUCGAUAAAUUGCCCGAAAUAGUGUUCAUCAUUGGGGGUCAGCGAUUUGCCCUCCAGCCCAGGGAUUAUGUAAUGAGUGCGGCCAACGAUGAUGGUUCGGUGAUAUGUCUGUCCGCCUUUACCCUCAUGGAUGCGGAGUUUUGGAUUCUGGGAGACGUGUUCAUCGGGCGUUAUUACACCGCCUUUGAUGUGGGCCAUCGGCGGAUUGGAUUCGCCCCAGCAGCCUAA